ACCGCUUCACGCUCAGAAGCGCUCAGAGCGCUCCAGAGUGCAGAUCAGAAAAAGGGAGGGGAACAGCCAGUGGCCAGUCGACUUAGGAUCAAAGUAGUUACAAAUCAGCUAUACGGGCAUCAGACAACAGAAGCCCCUGGGAUAUCGCUUUCGGAGACUUUCCGGUCACCGUUGGCGGCCUGACCAGAGUCGCGGUGGUAAUUUACAGGCUGUUCCUGCUCACAAAGCGGCGUGCUGAGGAAGGACGCGGCUCUUUGAAUAGACAGGAUGCACGGACCGCCCUCCGGCGACAGCGCAUGCCCAUUGCGCACGAUCAAGAGAGUACAGUUCGGCAUCAUCAGUCCAGAUGAACUUAAACGGAUGUCGGUUACAGAAGGGGGGAUUAAAUACCCCGAAACAACAGAAGGAGGACGUCCUAAACUCGGUGGCCUUAUGGACCCUAGACAAGGGGUCAUAGAACGAAGUGGAAGAUGUCAGACAUGUGCAGGCAACAUGACAGAAUGUCCAGGUCACUUUGGACACAUAGAACUGGCAAAGCCAGUUUUCCAUGUCGGCUUCAUAACGAAGAUUAUGAAGGUUCUUCGAUGUGUCUGCUUUUUUUGCUCCAAGCUCUUAGUGGAUUCAAACAAUCCAAAGAUCAAAGACAUCUUGGCCAAAUCUAAAGGGCAGCCAAGAAAGCGUUUGACACACGUAUAUGAGCUGUGCAAAGGAAAAAAUAUAUGUGAAGGAGGCGAGGAGAUGGACAGCAAAUUUGGAAUGGAGCAGCAGGAGACAGAGGAGGACCUGACCAAGGAGAAGGGUCACGGCGGCUGUGGGCGCUACCAGCCACGUAUCAGACGCUCUGGCUUGGAACUGUACGCUGAGUGGAAGCACGUGAAUGAGGAUUCACAGGAGAAGAAAAUCCUCCUGAGUCCUGAGCGUAUACAUGAGAUCUUCAAGCGAAUCGCAGACGAAGAGGACAUAAUCUUGGGCAUGGAUCCAAAGUUUGCCCGACCUGAAUGGAUGAUUGUAACUGUACUGCCUGUGCCUCCACUGGCUGUAAGGCCUGCUGUGGUCAUGCAGGGAUCUGCUCGCAACCAGGAUGACUUGACCCACAAGCUGGCUGAUAUCGUAAAGAUCAACAACCAGCUCAGAAGAAACGAGCAAAGUGGCGCAGCAGCUCAUGUCAUAGCUGAGGAUGUGAAGCUGCUUCAGUUUCACGUAGCAACAAUGGUGGAUAAUGAACUGCCAGGCCUGCCAAGGGCAAUGCAAAAGUCUGGCCGCCCUCUCAAAUCUAUUAAGCAACGGCUAAAGGGAAAAGAGGGUCGAGUUCGAGGUAACCUCAUGGGAAAGCGUGUGGACUUCUCAGCUCGAACUGUCAUCACCCCAGACCCCAACUUGCAGAUCGAUCAAGUGGGCGUACCACGAUCCAUUGCUGCCAAUAUGACUUUCCCUGAAAUUGUCACACCCUUUAACAUUGACAGAUUGCAAGAGCUGGUGCGAAGAGGUAACAGCCAGUACCCAGGAGCCAAAUACAUCAUCCGUGACAAUGGAGACAGAAUCGACCUGCGAUUCCACCCUAAACCAAGUGACCUUCAUCUCCAGAUUGGCUACAAGGUGGAAAGACACAUGUGUGAUGGUGACAUCGUGAUCUUCAAUCGACAGCCUACACUACAUAAAAUGUCCAUGAUGGGGCACAGGGUUCGGAUUCUGCCCUGGUCCACAUUUCGACUCAACCUCAGUGUCACCACCCCAUACAACGCUGAUUUUGACGGUGAUGAGAUGAACCUUCACCUCCCUCAGUCCCUUGAAACGAGGGCUGAGAUUCAGGAGUUGGCUAUGGUGCCACGUAUGAUUGUUACCCCUCAGUCAAACAGACCUGUCAUGGGCAUUGUGCAGGACACUCUCACAGCAGUGCGCAAAUUCACCAAAAGAGACGUCUUCUUGGAGAGGGGUGAAGUGAUGAACCUCCUCAUGUUCCUCUCCACCUGGGAUGGGAAGAUGCCUCAGCCAGCCAUCCUCAAGCCCCGUCCUCUGUGGACAGGCAAACAGGUCUUCAGCCUCAUCAUUCCUGGGCACAUCAACGUCAUCCGCACACACAGCACCCACCCUGAUGAUGAAGACAGUGGCCCCUACAAACACAUUUCACCUGGGGACACAAAGGUCAUAGUGGAGAACGGUGAAUUGAUCAUGGGAAUCCUGUGUAAGAAGUCUCUGGGAACAUCGGCUGGCUCGCUCGUCCACAUCUCUUACCUGGAGAUGGGCCACGACAUCACCAGACUCUUCUACUCCAACAUUCAGACUGUGGUCAACAACUGGCUGCUUAUUGAGGGUCAUUCCAUUGGUAUUGGCGACUCUAUUGCUGAUGCCAAGACGUACCUUGACAUCCAGAAUACAAUCAAAAAGGCUAAACAGGAUGUGAUAGAAGUCAUCGAAAAAGCCCACAACAACGAGCUGGAGCCGACGCCUGGUAACACUCUGAGGCAGACGUUUGAGAACCAGGUCAAUCGUAUCCUCAACGAUGCUCGUGACAAAACAGGAUCCUCUGCCCAGAAGUCUCUGUCUGAGUACAACAACUUCAAGUCCAUGGUGGUGGCUGGUUCUAAGGGAUCAAAGAUUAAUAUCUCACAGGUUAUUGCUGUCGUGGGGCAACAGAACGUGGAGGGUAAACGAAUCCCCUUCGGUUUCAAGCACCGUACGCUGCCUCACUUCAUUAAGGAUGACUACGGCCCAGAGAGUAGAGGCUUUGUGGAGAACUCCUACCUGGCCGGCCUGACGCCCACAGAGUUCUUCUUUCACGCCAUGGGAGGCAGAGAAGGUCUGAUCGACACAGCUGUCAAGACUGCAGAGACGGGUUACAUCCAGCGUCGUCUCAUCAAGUCUAUGGAGUCUGUGAUGGUAAAGUACGACGGCACAGUGCGUAACUCCAUUAACCAGGUGGUGCAGUUGCGCUACGGUGAGGACGGCCUGGCAGGCGAGAACGUCGAGUUUCAGAAUCUGGCAACAGUCAAGCCAUCAAACAAGGCCUUUGAAAAGAAAUUCAAGUUCGACUGCACCAACGAUCGAGCGCUGAGACGCAUAUUGCAGGAAGACGUGGUGAAGGACGUCAUGACCAAUGCUCAUGUGCAGAGCUGCUUGGAGAGGGAGUUCGACAAGAUGAAGGAGGACAGGGAGGUCCUCCGAGCCAUUUUCCCUACCGGGGACAGCAAGGUGGUGCUGCCAUGCAACUUGGCCAGAAUGAUUUGGAAUGCUCAGAAGAUCUUCCGCAUCAACACUAGAACCCCAACUGACCUGAAUCCUUUAAGGGUGAUUGAGGGUGUUCACGAUCUGAGUAAGAAGCUUGUGAUUGUCAAUGGUGACGACCCGCUCAGCAGACAGGCCCAGGAGAACGCCACUCUGCUCUUCAACAUCCACCUCCGCUCCACGCUGUGCUCCAAACGCAUGAUCGAGGAGUUCCGCCUGUCCACCGAGGCUUUUGACUGGCUGCUGGGAGAGAUCGAGACCAAGUUCAAUCAGUCCAUCGCCCACCCAGGUGAAAUGGUUGGAGCUUUGGCUGCUCAGUCGCUGGGAGAGCCUGCCACCCAGAUGACCCUGAACACUUUCCACUACGCCGGUGUGUCUGCCAAGAACGUGACGCUCGGUGUGCCUCGUCUGAAGGAGUUGAUCAACAUUUCCAAGAGACCGAAAACGCCUUCACUGACCGUCUUCCUGUUGGGCCAAGCUGCACGUGAUGCAGAGCGGGCCAAGGACAUCCUCUGUCGCCUAGAGCACACUACCCUGCGAAAAGUGACUGCCAACACGGCCAUCUACUACGACCCCAACCCUCAGAACACGGUGGUGGCUGAGGACCAGGAGUGGGUCAACGUCUACUAUGAGAUGCCCGACUUUGACGUGACUCGCAUUUCACCCUGGCUGCUGCGCAUCGAGCUCGACCGCAAGCACAUGACCGAUCGCAAGCUGACUAUGGAGCAGAUCGCAGAGAAGAUCAACGCCGGUUUCGGAGAUGAUCUGAACUGUAUCUUCAACGACGAUAAUGCAGAGAAGCUCGUUCUGCGGAUUAGAAUCAUGAACAGCGACGAGAACAAGUUCCAAGAGGAUGAGGAGGUGGUGGAUAAAAUGGAUGACGAUGUGUUCUUGAGGUGCAUUGAGUCCAACAUGCUGACAGACAUGACUCUGCAAGGCAUCGAGCAGAUCAGCAAGGUGUACAUGCACUUGCCCCAGACUGACAACAAGAAGAAGAUCAUCAUCACAGAGGAUGGUGAGUUCAAGGCCCUGCAGGAGUGGAUCCUUGAGACGGACGGCGUGAGCCUCAUGAGAGUGCUGAGCGAGAAGGAUGUGGAUCCUGUCAGGACCACCUCCAACGACAUUGUGGAGAUCUUCACGGUUUUGGGAAUCGAGGCUGUGCGAAAGGCUCUGGAGAGGGAGCUGUACCAUGUCAUCUCAUUCGACGGCUCCUAUGUCAACUACCGUCACUUGGCUCUGCUUUGUGACACCAUGACCUGCCGCGGUCACCUCAUGGCCAUCACGCGUCACGGCAUCAACCGUCAAGACACGGGGCCACUCAUGAAGUGUUCCUUUGAAGAGACGGUGGAUGUGCUGAUGGAGGCCUCGUCGCAUGGGGAGAGUGACCCCAUGAAAGGCGUCUCGGAGAACAUCAUGCUUGGCCAACUCGCCCCUGCAGGAACGGGCUGCUUCGACCUGCUGCUGGAUGCUGAGAAGUGCAAAUACGGGAUGGAGAUCCCUACCAACAUACCUGGCAUCAGCGUGGCUGGACCCACGGGAAUGUUCUUCGGUUCAGUGCCCAGUCCCAUGAGUGGCAUGUCACCGGCCAUGACCCCGUGGAACACCGGCGCUACUCCGGCCUACGGCGCCUGGUCCCCCAGUGUUGGAAGCGGCAUGACCCCAGGAGCAGCAGGUUUCUCUCCCAGCGCCGCGUCGGACGCCAGUGGCUUCUCUCCAGGCUACUCCCCCGCCUGGUCCCCCACUCCUGGGUCUCCAGGUUCUCCGGGGCCCGCCAGUCCAUACAUCCCUUCUCCAGGUGGAGCCAUGUCACCAAACUACUCACCCACCUCACCCGCCUACGAGCCGCGUUCCCCUGGAGGCUACACCCCCCAGAGUCCAGGCUACUCCCCCACAUCACCCUCCUACUCUCCCACAUCUCCCUCUUACUCCCCCACCAGCCCCAACUACAGCCCAACAUCUCCCUCCUACUCUCCCACUUCGCCCAGUUACUCCCCAACGUCUCCUUCCUAUUCACCCACGUCUCCAUCUUAUUCCCCGACUUCUCCAUCCUACUCCCCCACUUCCCCUUCGUACUCCCCGACCUCCCCCUCUUACUCUCCCACUUCUCCGAGCUACAGCCCAACGUCACCCAGCUACAGCCCAACGUCGCCCAGCUACUCUCCCACUUCGCCAUCUUACUCACCUACCUCGCCUUCCUAUUCUCCAACAUCACCUUCCUACUCCCCCACCUCUCCUUCUUACUCCCCCACCUCGCCUUCCUACUCUCCCACCAGCCCAAGCUACAGCCCCACCUCACCCAACUAUACCCCCACCUCGCCCAGUUACUCCCCCACCUCGCCUUCCUACUCUCCAACAUCGCCUUCCUACUCGCCAACCUCCCCCAACUACACCCCGACCAGCCCAAACUACUCCCCCACUUCUCCCUCAUACUCCCCUACCUCUCCGUCCUACUCACCCUCCAGUCCACGUUACACCCCACAGUCUCCCACCUACACCCCCAGCUCACCUUCAUACAGCCCCAGCUCCCCCUCCUACUCUCCCACUUCUCCCAAAUACACCCCAACCUCACCAUCAUACAGCCCCAGCUCCCCAGAGUAUACCCCGACCUCACCCAAGUACUCCCCCACUUCUCCAAAGUAUUCCCCUACGUCGCCCAAAUACUCGCCCACUUCUCCCACCUACUCCCCGACAACCCCAAAAUAUUCCCCAACCUCUCCAACCUACUCCCCCACCUCACCAACUUACACCCCCACCAGCCCCAAAUACUCCCCCACCUCACCAACUUAUUCCCCUACUUCACCCAAGUACUCGCCCACGUCGCCUACGUAUUCGCCAACCAGUCCCAAAGGCUCUACGUACAGUCCCACCUCCCCCGGAUACAGCCCCACCUCCCCCACCUACAGCCCGGCAAUCAGCCCAGAUGACAGCGAUGAGGAGAACAACUGAUGAGCUGCGCAGGAGGAUGGGAGGCGGUUGAAGAUGCUGGUCACCUCAAGGUGAACACCUGAAGGACAGCGCAUUGAACCAGCUGGAGGUGGCAGUGUUUUCUAGCCACACGGGUCCCAAUUGUCGUAAUUUUUCUUUGGGGACCCCUGUCUCAACCACCUGGCGGGGUUAUCCCACCUUUACCCUAAAAUAGUUAAAAACUAUUAUGUGAAAGACUUGAACUGCUUUGCCUGAAGGAAAAAAGGCUGCCUUUUGAAAUAGUUUUUUUUAAUUUUCACAUGGGGUGUUGACGCAAAACUGCAAAUCCCAAGAGGGAAUAAGAAGGAGAGGAAAAUGUAAGCGAGUGAGGGAGGGGGAAGAAAAUGUCCCUUUUUAACUUUAUAUAUUGUACUGCAUCCAGUCUCUCUCUCUGUUUCUAAAUGUUGGGUGCAUAGUUGUCCCUGGAAGGCAAACCUUUUGCCAAAAGCCUUUUUGAAAAAGCAAAUCAUAUUAAUCACUCGAAGAAAAUCUGAGGUUUAGAUUUUGUUUACUGCAUAUUUUAGGAGGUGUAUCCUAUUUGACCUUAUGCUGCUUUUGUGAAGGUAAAGUUGCUGCCAGUUGUGGUGGCUCUUUAUGAAUGAAAGCUGGAGCUUUAAGUGUUAAGUUAAAAUUUGCAGGGUCAGAUUGCUUGACAGAGAUAAUCAGCAGAAUAUAUAGCAUAGGAGAGAGGAACUGGUUUGCACGGCAGAGAAGUUUCACUCUGAACGCACCAUUAACUACAUAAUUGUAUGUACUCAUAGUCUUCCUCCCUCCUUCACACCCCAAAGACAAAAAACCUGAAUGAUGUCAUAGAAACACCCACCAGCAUCCUCUACCACUUUUGGAGACUUAAUGCAUCAAAAGCGAGAAGCAAACGAAACACUUUUCCAGACAUUAUUCUUCCCUUGACGCUGGGAAUUUAAAGAUUUAUAUAAAAAAAAAAGUAAUAGAAUGAUUUUUCACUUUUAAUUUUGAUUCUAUAGGAGGAAAUGGGGGCAAAGGUGGAUGAGGGCUAGUAGUUUGGCGUUGCUGCUUUUGUUAUCGUUUGCAUGAGUAGCACAUGUUAAUACAUUUGAAUCAAGCUUUAGGUUGAAAUGUUGUUUAAUCCCUCCCACUGUCUUUGCUAAUUUUCGUCCCAUUUCUGAAGUUAAACAAGUUUAUUUGGGCGAUUCAGUUUAUUUAAAAAGCCUAAACUACUACUCUCUGACUACAAAUAGAGAAAAUUAAAUUCAAAUUUGUUAUUGGUUUUUCUCUUGUUUGCUUUUGGUGACUCUGUAAACCUGUUUGCAAGUUCAUACACUGUGGAUGAAGGGGUGGAGGAGGGAGGGGAGUGCAUUGUGCUAAAUGUGACAUUGAUGACGUUCAGGACUUCAGCUUAGGGGACAUUUAGUGUUUUGACUUCUUGGACACUGCAGGGCAACAUGUCUUUUAUUUUCCCUCUCUAUAAUGUCGACCUGUUUUAUUUUCUUUCAAGCUGAGAUUGUUCAAAGUAACAGCCCUAAAGGUUUCUCUAUUUAACAAAAAAAAUUUUACCCACUACAUUAGUGUGAACUUUUUUUUCAACAUGGGGUCUGUUUGUCACAGCUCGAGCUAGUUUGACUGUCCUAGUUUUAUGUGAUCACGCCAAGGGCCUUAUCAGUUUAUCGGAGUUCUGGGUCUCCUCCCUCCCCCCCUUCAUCCAUCAGUGAGCCUCAUUUUUGAAAUCAGUGUUUCUUUUUUUCCAUCCGUGUAUGUACCUGUGAUGAAGGGUAGGGUGCAAAUGUAUUGGGUCUGACUGGGAGUCCUGAGCAGUAAUUUUUUCCUUUUGGUUAUGGUCUGAAAAAUGUCUUUUUGUAAAACACUGCUUCCAACUGAGUCUUGACUUGAAGGGUCCCCAUCCUCAGUCCAUGGAGAUUAAGCAGGUUUGGUAAUUGCACUUAAGAAAUAUUGUGGUGGACCCUGACUCAUUCCAAGAAACCCUGGAAGUUGUGAUUUGUAGUUUGCUACUUUCUCAUCCAGUCCUGUUGUUUUUAACUGUCCUGCAGAGUCUGGUCAGGACUCCCAGUUGAGUGAAUGAUCAAAGGUGUGUCUGUGUGUGUGUCCAACGGCGAGACAGGGUUUCGAGCAGAGGAGAGGCUUCACGUGUCUCGGCAGAGGAAGGUUUAACUUUAAAUUGCCACUGUAUAAAAAUCAAACCAUUAUCUCAUUCUCUGUAUCUUUGGUCUGUAUGUUUUUUUGACUUGGAAAAAUGAAUAAAAAAAAUUUUACUACA